AUGUCUAAAACUGAGAUUAAGAAUGUCAUUCUGUCAUUUAAGAUUGGGAAGUCUCUUGGAGUUUAUGGCCUCCCAAUUGAAUUCUACAAAACUAAUAUGGCAUCGGUGGUAGAUGAUCUAUUUGAUGUUUACAGUGAUACAAACAGGACUGGUACUCCAGAGUCUGAGGAAGUUGGUGAAGAGCUUGAGACAGAGGAAGCAGAGAGACCAAAAGAUGAAAGAGAGGAUAGAUUUCUGAGAGCAGUGGCACAAGCGAGUAGAGUUCAUAAAGUGGAGGUUUUAAACUUUUCCAAAAUGCUGAACCCAAAGGAUCUGAUUGAUUGGAUUGAAGAGUUGGAAGAUUACUUUGAGUUUGAGGAUAUUAAGGACCCGCAGAGAGUCCAAUUGGCAUACAUUGAAGAAUCUUAUCAAUAUGCUUUGAAGGUUGAAGAGAAGGGAAUGGAAAGAAGUUGCAUGGUUAAUGAGGAACUAGAAGGAGGAGUUAUUGGAACUGAGUGUGCACCGGAGCAAGGAGAAUCCCUUAUGUUCAAAAGAGUCCUGGUGGAGCAUAGCAAUGAAGAUACUGGAUCUACUGAGAGGAGGAGUCUUUUCCGAACUGUAUGCAAAUCAGGCAAUAAGUGUUGCAAGGUUAUUGUGGAUACUGGGAGUACUCGUAAUUUGGUAUCUGAGGAGAUGAAUUUUGAUACCGCUAGUUGGGAAAGGAUCUCCCCUCCUCUAGGUGCCUAUGAGUCAUUCAAAGAAAACAAGGUACAAAUAGGAGACAAAAACAUAAAUAAAGAUAAACAAGUGGUAAUUGUCGAGGAACAAGGUGAAGAUGACGAGCAACAAGGAAAAGAAGAUGAAAAACAUAAUAAAGAUGAGGGACAACAAGGAGAUGAAGAUGAGCAACAUGAUGGUGAAGAAAAUCAGGAUGACGUUGAAGAAGAGGAUCAAGAUGAAAAUGUUGAUGAAGACUAA